AUGGCAGGAUUAUUUGCGUUAGAAGACCAUUUGGUGUUUUACAGAUCAUAUCAUUUCAACAAAACCAAUGUCACUAUUCAUUUAAUUUGUAUUCCGAUAAUCUUAUUAUCGGCAAUUACAUUUUUAAUGCCAGUAACAUUUCCUAGGAUUUUUGACAGUCCUCAAUUUAAUUUGGGUAACUUUGUUGCAUGGUCAUAUGGGUUGUACUACAUUGCCUUGGAUUGGAAAGUUGGUUUGCCAUCGGCUACAAUAUUAGUCACCUAUGCUCAUUUUAUUAGAAACUACUAUUCGUCAUUAUCAGCAAACACAAGUCCCACAUCGGAUUUUUUCAUAAAGUGUGCAAUUGGAAUACACGUAGUUGCAUGGUUUGCGCAAUUUUACGGACACGGAAUUCACGAAAAGAGGGCACCUGCUUUAUUAGAUAAUCUUUUACAAGCCUUGGUCUUGGCUCCAUUUUUCGUUGCUUUUGAGAUUGCGUUUGUUUUAGGAUACAAACUUGAUUUGAAAAAAUCAAUGGAUAACAGAGCUGGAAAGAUUGUAAGGGAUUUCAAGGCAAAGGGGAAGAGAUGA